AAGAUGAUGUGAAGAGAAGGACGCCGGAAACAUUAACGAUGGCUGUUAAGCAGAAGUGUGUAAAUGAACGGACAUGACAGCAAGCAGACCAUAGGUGGGAACAUUGGUGAUAUGAGUGGACAAGCAACUUGUAGUGUUAGUCAUCUUGGCAUUAUGCAUGCCGCCAUCGUAUUCUGUUGAUGUGGAGUGCAUUGGAAGCAAGGGAGAACCGGGUGUUCCCGGAGUUCCUGGUCCUCCAGGAAGACAGGGACCAGUAGGAAAACAAGGAGCAGCAGGAAUUUCAGGCGGCACCGGCUUGAAGGGUGAGGUAGGAGCUGAAGGUGCAGUUGGUCCACCAGGUAAACAGGGAGUGCAAGGUGUGAUGGGUCGUGCAGGUGCACCCGGACCUCAAGGUCCUCCAGGGAAAAGUGGAAUGAUGGGUCCACCGGGACCCAGAGGUCCUCCAGGACACACAGGAGGACGUGGAGAGAAGGGGGAACGAGGAGUGGAGGGUCCAAGAGGUCUGGCUGGAUUAGAUGGCAUUCCGGGUGCGGCAGGUCCCAUCGGACCCGUAGGAUCACGUGGACCAUUAGGAGUGAAGGGUGAUCGUGGAUUACCCGGAGCAAAGGGAGAAGCCGGACCACAAGGUCGUCCCGGUCCAGAGAUGAGUGAAGAUGUGUUGAAACGUUAUUUUUCUCCAGUCAAGGGACUGGCAGAGAGGGUAGGGAUGGUUAUUGUAUGGUGAGAUGGUGUUUGUAGUGCAUGUAGAGCAUGUGCUCGUUUGGUAGAUGGAAGAACUGGAGGAUUGGAAAGAAGAGGUAGACAAGCAAAGAGAGGUGAAGUGAGUAGUGUUAUAUGGGACUGAUCGUUGAUGGUUGUUGCAGUGGACAAAGAAUGAGAGUAGAGUGACUGUUGCAGCACAUCUUGUAGGAUCAUCACACGAUUGGUAUACUAUAUCAGGUGAGUGUGUUUUGUUGUUGUAUGUUGUUGUGUGUUGUUUAUUAUGUUGUGUAUAUUGAUGUACUACAUGUUGUUGUGUUGAGGUGUGAUAACCUACUGGCAAACAAGCAGUCCAUCAUUCUUACUGGGUGCCAUCACAUACAGCAAUGGAGCUCUUACAAUGCCAUCUGAUGGUGUUUACUAUAUUUAUACACAUCUCUACUUACAAGGCAGAAGUGUCAAGUACAUGUAUCCUUACAUCAGAGUAAAUGGCAAUCGUGUUUUGUACAUUACAAGCUACCAUUAUCACGGUGAAUCCAAAUCCAAGCACGGUGGUCUACUUCUGCAGCUGAAAAAAGGUGAUAGCGUUGACAUAUAUGGUGGAGGAUCUCUACACUACAUGGGCUCUACUUAUUCAGAUUUUGGUAUUUAUAAAAUCGACUAGAAGCAUGUUGUUGAGAAUGAGAAUGUCAAUUAAUUAAGUGAUAAGUGUGAGUGUCAAAUGACUCUCCAUGUGAUCAUGUUUAAUAGUAAUUGUAGUUGUGACUGUGUAUGUUGGACUGUAGUGUGACCAUUCAACCCUAAUUUUUGUUUGUGUCAUUUCUGUUUAGUUCCAUUUCUAUAUUAUUAGCAAUAAAUGUUCAUUGAAUCCUA